AUGCCGCAUCUCGACCCAUACUUCAAGCAGGUGGAUGCCUUGCAGGGCAAGUUCAUCGAGAGGCUGAGGGAGGCUGUAGCGAUUCCAAGCAUUAGCUCUGAGGAUCAAAGGCGACCCGAUGUUGUCAAGAUGGGCCACUGGCUCGCAGACCAAAUCAAAUCUCUCGGAGGUACCGUCGAGCUGCGUGAGCUUGGAAAGCAGCCUGGCCGCGAGCACCUAGACCUCCCACCGUGUCUUCUGGGACGCUACGGAGAUGACCCCAAGAAGCCCAACGUCCUCGUCUACGGCCACUACGAUGUACAGCCCGCCAACAAAUCAGACGGCUGGGCGACGGAUCCCUUCACCCUCACCAUCGAUGACAAGGAUCGCAUGUACGGACGCGGCAGCACAGAUGACAAAGGCCCCGUCCUCGGAUGGUUGAACGCUAUCGAGGCACACCAAAAGGCUGGCGUGGAGCUACCCGUCAACCUGAUCAUGUGCUUCGAGGGAAUGGAAGAGAACGGAUCUGAGGGCUUGGACGACACGAUCCGCGCCGAAGCCAAGAAAUUCUUCAAGGACGCUGAUGUGGUUUGCAUCUCUGACAACUACUGGCUAGGAACAGAGAAGCCCUGCCUGACAUAUGGCGUCCGUGGAUGCAACUACUACCAGGUCGAGGUUUCCGGGCCUGGCCAGGACUUGCACUCUGGUGUCUACGGUGGCAUGACCCACGAGCCCAUGACCGACUUGGUCCGCAUCAUGAACUCCUUUGUCGAUCCGGAUGGUACCAUUCUCAUCAAGGGCAUCGACAAAUUGGUUGCUCCUCUCACCGACGACGAAGCCGCUCUUUACCCACCCAUCGCUUUCACAAUGAACGACCUGAAGGAGUCUCUAGGUGCCGAAGUCUCGAUUCACGACAACAAGGAGGAUGCCUUGAAACACAAGAUGCGGUACCCUUCCCUCUCACUACACGGAAUCGAGGGCGCUUUCUACUCGGAAGGAGCCAAGACAGUGAUUCCCGCCAAGGUCAUCGGAAAGUUCUCCAUCCGCACAGUACCCAACAUGGAGAUCGACCCCGUCACUGAGCUCGUCGAGAAGCACGUCAAUGCGGAGUUUACAAAGCUAAAGUCCAAGAACACGUUGAAGUUCAGCGUUGUCCAUUGCGGGAAGUGGUGGGUGGAAGACCCAAAUCAUCCCAAUUACACGGCUGCUGCGAAGGCUGUGGAGAGGGUGUUUGGUGUCAAGCCCGAUAUGACGAGGGAAGGUGGUAGUAUCCCGGUCACGCUCACUUUCCAGGAAGAGCUGAAGAAGAACGUCCUGUUGUUGCCAAUGGGCAGCUCGACGGAUGCUGCGCACUCUAUCAAUGAGAAGCUGGACAAGAAGAACUACAUCGAGGGCACCAAGCUCCUUGGCGCAUAUCUGCACUACGUUGCAGGGGAAUUGAAGCGCGACUAG